UACACUACACCAUAUUCGCAUAUCCAACACAACAACCGACGACGACAACAUCGCAGACAGUUUGGCAUAAUCUGUAAAUCAUGCAACUCUCGAUAGUAACAACCCUGCUCGCCUCUACGGCAGUGCAUGCCUUCUCGGACUCUUCACCAUUUGUCCUCUUUUCCACCUCCAAGCUCAAUACACCCGAAAGAUACGAUCAGCUCCAAACCAGCAAUCAAGUAAUUGCUUCCGCCAAGGAAAUCCUUUCCUCUUGUCCUACGAAGGACUACGUUAUCGUCUCCCAGCCGAACGUGCACGCCGCCGACAUCCGCGAUGGCUCGCACUGUAAAAUGCGCAGUCUAUGCGACACAAUCGCAAGCAAGGAAAUCAAGGGCCGGUUCAGCGUUGCGGAGGUAGUCGGCGACCUCUCAACCCAUUCGUUGGAGGAUUAUGUGAAGGAAGCCUGCGCUGCCAAGGGGAAGGUUGCCGGUAUCGUCAAGGUUGACCUCACGCAUCUACCUUCAUUGGAGCACAAGGAUGAGAGGGCGCAAAUCCUGGCUUCUAAUGACGAUCAGCUGGGCCUGAUGCUCGAUACGCUUGAGGGCGACUAUACCCUUGUCAUGGUAUCAGACCCUAACGAGUUCAAGGCUUACCAGCCUGACUUUAUCGAGCCAGUCCAUAUGGAUCUCAAGCGCGGACAGUUUAGCUCUCAGGAGGGCAGUGACAACGGCAACACCACUUAUGAUAACCGCCCGCUGUUUGUGAAGUAUCAGUUCUUCACUCCUGGCAUUUUCGUCGCCCUGCUCGCUCUCAUUGUCAUGCUCUCCAUCCUUGGCGUCGGACUGAAGGCUCUCGGUAGUCUCGAAGUCUCAUAUGGCGCUUUCGACAAGGAGAUGGGACCGACUGCACAGAAGAAGCAGCAGUAAAGCACUUGGAGGCCCUGUGCUUAGUAUUUGUAGGGUUUGGGAUGCAACGAACAACAGAUAUGCAUGCGGCAGAACAAAGGUUUUGCUUUGCUAUGGAAUCAUGCUAUGUAUAUGGGUUUGGGGGACAGGCCGGAGUUCGAGGGUUACUGUUCUUGGUUGGGUAUCAUUAAAGCAUUGCGCAUUCGUACACUAGAACAACACAAGAUGGGAAUGAAAACAAGAAUGCACGUAUGAGCUAGCUAUGAUAUGCACGAAACAUGUCCAACUUUG